AUGUCGAACUCCAUAGAUACAGCCAAAUUGGCCUUGAUCCCGCAGGGGGCGGCCUAUGGUCUGCUAAUCGGCCUCAGUGUCGUGUUCUGCGGUGUGAUCUUAAUCGCCGUCAAAAUCCAAAAAGCGUAUCUGGCCGAGGAUUCUGGAAAGUCGGAAAUGUUCAUGGUCGCCAAUCGCUCGGUAGGAAAAGGCUUAUGUGCAUCUGCAGUCUUCAGCUCCUGGAUGUGGAUCAAUGAGACGGUGUUGUGUGCGUCUAUGACAUACAAGUAUGGUCUGGCUGUGGGUCUGUGGUGGGGAUCUGGUCUAUGCUUCCAAAUUGCUUUGAUGGCCGCACUGGGCGUGAUGGCCAAGAUUCGAGUUCCGUAUGCGCAUACAUCACUUGAAGUGGUGCGCAUGCGCUAUGGCAAGAUUGGACAUAUCGUGUUUAUCUUGCUCAAUCUGGUCAACAAUGUCUUUGGUUGCGCUUCUAUGAUCAUGACAGGUUCACAGCUUAUCCAUGGGGUUUCUGGCAUGCAUUAUGUUGCAGCGACUGUCCUGGUUCCGUUAGGAGUGGUGCUAUAUACAGCUGUGGGUGGUCUAAAGGCCACGUUCCUAACGGACUUCCUGCACACAGCUAUUGCACUCAUUCUUAUCAUCUACUUCACGAUCGCCGUUUUGACAAACUCGGCUAUUGGUGGACUUGGGGGUUUGUGGGAGAAGGUUAUGGCAACAGCUGGAGAUAAUUACGUUCCUGGAAACUAUGAAGGUUCGCUUCUCACAUUCAAGUCCAAGGAUGCAAUUAUUUGGGGGUUGAUUCUCAAGUUUGGAAAUCUGGCACUCGUCGUUAUGGACACCGCGUUUUGGCAAAAGAGCUUCGCGACAGAGGUGAACGCAACAGUGCCCGGGUAUAACAUCGCCGCGUUGGCCGUCUUCGGUAUCCCCUGGGGCCUGGGCACUGUCAUCGGUUUGGCAACAAGGGCAAUCCACGACACACCUAUUUUCCCAACCUAUCCUGGUGUACUCACUGCCACCGAAGUGAGUUCGGGCAUGGUGAUGCCGUACACCAUCAAAGCGCUCAUCGGAGACAAAGGAAUCAUUGGAUUCUUCAUCCUCCUGUUCAUGGCUGUCACAAGCACCGUGUCCUCAUCGAUGAUUGCCGUCAGCAGUAUUCUUUCUUAUGACAUCUACAAGACGUACUUCAACCCGAAGGUCACAGACCAGCAACUUGUGCGCGUGAGCCACAUGACCGUAGUGAUCCACGGUGUUUUCAUCACCGGCAUUUCGAUCGCUCUGAAUUAUGGAGGAGCAAACAUGACAUGGAUCGGUUAUCUGAGACCGAUUAUCUCAUGUCCCGGAAUUAUCCCCAUGAUUCUGACUCUGUUCUGGUCUCGGCAGACCCGACUAGCUGCAAUUGUCGCUCCCAUACUUGGCUUCUUCUCGGGUCUCGCUGUCUGGUUAGCCACGACUCACUCAAUGUAUGGCACUAUCAACAUCACAACAACCACAAACAACUAUCCAGCACUAUAUGCUGCCAUUGCAUCCUUCUUCUCACCCGCCCUUUACUCUGUUGUGCUGUCACUCUACAAACCUUAUAAGUUUGACUGGAGAGUCUUCCUGCGAAUCGAGCUAGCAGAUAGCGCAGAAAUCCAAGCGUCAGACACAAGCACACUCAAUGAGAGCAGCGAGGAAGAUCAUGGAAGCGAAUCGAAGAAUGCAGCCGCAACUGUGACGCCCAUUUCCGACAGUCAACCAGAAAGCAUCAACAAUGAUCCUGAGCGGAUUGGCGGCAUCAGCGAAAAAGCCCAGAUAAAGUCAACCUCCCAGUCUUCUCCUAGUGAGAUCAGCCUUGAUCAAUUCCAGCAUCCAUUCGAUGAGGCGACAUUGAAAGAGUUGUAUAGAUGGCUCAAAAUUGCUUGGUACAUGUUCGGGACCAUUGUGCUGGUCACAUUUGUUGCUUGGCCGCUUCCACUCUACCGCGACUAUAUUUUCACAAAAUCUUUCUUCGCGGGGUGGGUUGUUGUCGCUAUCAUCUGGCAGUUCGCUGCAUUUGGUGCAGUGGUUAUCUUCCCGCUUUAUGAUGGGUGGAAUGACAUUGCAAUUGGCGCGAGUGGUAUUUGGAAGACGCUGAAAACGUGUGUUGGGAAAUGA